GCCGUUUCUGAAAUGAAUGGUCCUGUCGCACAUGAAUGACGUAAGCACUUCGGUCCAUCAUGUCGGCGGAAGGCAGUGAGCAGCUCAGUGGUCACGGAGAGUUUCAAGAAUCUUCAGAUAUGGAGGCCUCUGAUGUUCCUGCACCGCCUCCAGUUGAAAUGACUGAGAUGUCAGUAGAGAACGGCAGUACUGCUGUUGACCCUGAGGCUCCUGUGGGCCCCAGCCUUCGUUCUGUCUCUGAACCUCAAGCUGCAGAAGGUGAGGAGAGUGGGAAACCUGAGUUUCAUCGGCUGUGGAAAGCAGUCACUGACAAUCCUUUUGACUUCACCAGCUGGACGGAGCUGCUACAAUACUGCGAGCAAGAGAAUCACGUCACAGCAUCGCGUCAAGCACUGGAGGCAUUUCUGGCUCGCUACCCACUCUGCUAUGGUUACUGGAAGAAAUUUGCAGAUCUGGAGCGACGUGCAGGUUUUAACAGCAGAGCAGAGGAGGUAUGUGUCCAGGGUCUUCGGGCCAUUCCUUUGAGUGUGGAUCUCUGGAUCCAUUACAUCAAUCUUCUGUUGGGAACUCUGGACAUGAACCUGCCAGAGUCGGCGCAUCGUAUUCGCAGUGUGUUUGAGGACGCCCUUGCGGGAGCAGGUUUGGACUUCCACUCGGACCGCCUCUGGGAUUUGUAUGUAGAAUGGGAAAAGGAGCAUGGAAACAUGAGGAAGGCUGCAGCCAUCUUAGACAGAGUCCUCAGAGUUCCCACUCAGCUCUACAACACACACUAUGACAAGUUUAAGGAGCAUCUGAACAGCCACGAGCCCAAGGCGGUGCUCUCUCCAGAAGAGUACCAAGAGCUGAGGACUCUGUGUCGUCAGAGUCAGAAGGUAGAACAGGCUGAGCAAACUCAGGAGGAUAAGGCGGAGCGGCCACCAGGAGAGGAGGAGCCGGCCACACCUGAGGACACAGACACAAAGGAAGAACUGAUGCAAAAGAUACGGGAAGAAGUGCUGCUCCAUAGAGACAAGAUUUACCAGUAUAACGAAGACGAAGUACGCAAGAGAUGGCAAUACGAAGAAUCGAUCAAGCGGCCGUACUUCCACGUCAAGUCUCUUGACCGUAUUCAACUCAGAGCCUGGCAUUCUUACCUGGACUGGGAGAUCGCUCAACUAAACCAAGACACAAAAAACUCCAGCCAGGUGGAUCCAAACGCAGCGUCCACACAGGGGUCAGAGGCCACAGCUCAGUCUCCUGAAGUGUCAGAGGAGACUGCAGUUCCUAAAGACGACCACAGGGUUCGUGUUCUCUUUGAGCGUUGUCUGAUUGCCUGUGCUCUGUAUGAGGAGUUCUGGACAAGGUAUAUUCAGUAUGUUGAGCCACAGAGUGUGGACGAGGCUCGAGCUCUUUACAGACGGGCCUGUGAGAUCCACCUGCCGCACAAACCAAAUAUCCACAUGCAUUGGGCCACCUUCGAGGAGAGGCAUGGUGAUUCAACUGAGGCUCGGCGUGUGCUGCAGGUCUUAGAGAAAAAUGUGCCUGGGUUAGCAGUGGUCCGUCUUCGCCGGGCUGCCCUGGAGAGGCGAGCAGGCGACAUAAACCAAUCAGAGGCCCUGUUACAGGAGGCAGUGGCUGAAUCAAAAGAAAAGCCCACAAUGCACGCCUUCUACUCCAUUAAACUGGCCCGCCUGCUGCAAAAACUGGGCAGGGACCUCAGCAAGGCCCGCAAAGUUUUACAGGAGGCGCUGGAGAUCAGUCCGGACAAUGAUAAACUCCAUCUGAACCUGUUGGAGUUGGAGGUGUCAGGAGAUCCCUGGGCCUCAGCUGAGGCGGUGCAGGAGUGUGUGACACGAGGGCUGGCAGCUCCUCUGAACCCACACUCCAAGAUCCUCCUGUCACAGAGAGGCCUGCAGUUUGCAGAGGACUACGGUAACUCUAUCCAAAGUGUGCUGUCUAUGUAUGAGGGCCAUCAGAAACUGCUGCAGGAGUUUGGUGGAACUAAGAGAGAAGCAGAAAAUGGGGACGAGGAUCCAGAGAAACUAAGUAAAAGCGAGGACGCCUCUGCUGCCGAUGUCUCCGCACAGGAAGCAACCACCAUGCCACAUGUUCCCAUCACCACCCCCCCUCCUCCUGUGAUGGGCACAGACAUGAGCGCUGGUUAUGGAGCAUACAACAACUGGUACCAGCAAUCCCAGUAUGGCAGCUAUGGUUACCCGAACACCUGGAACUACACCCAGGGCUACUACCCUUCAAGCUAAAGGGAGGGAUAGAUGGGCACACCAGCAGCUACAGGCAGACACUAAACCACAUUGUCUGUCCUUCCUCAAAGUCCUGGUUAAACCGCUUGAGACCGGACAUAAAUGUGUUUAGUCAGAGCAACCUGUGGCAACGCCACAGAGUUAUUUUCAAUGUCUGGAUUUUAAUGAAAACUAUUUUUGUAUUUGCUUGCAAUGUGAUCGGAUUUACUUGUUUUAAAAUUAUUCAGAUAACACAUAACUUAACAGAUGCUUUACUACUUUGACAUUUUAUGCACCCAUCAUACACAAACAGCAAUUGUUCUUCGUUCCUGUGUAUAUAAAGUUGUUUUAUAGUGUAAGAACUGUCCUUUGAGUUUUUGCCUUUUAGUGAUCAGGUUGGAAUAUUCAGCUUGUUUCACAUAAAAGUAAGUUUAUUACAGCCAGCAGAAGAUUUAAGAUGGUUAACAAAAACAACAGCUGGGUAACCGAAUACUCUUGGGUUGAUGCAGUGGUACCAUCUCACUGGUGUGAAGGAACCAUAUUGACCUUCUGUUUUAUUGUUUUUAAAUGGCUUUUUCAUUGAAGGAAACAGUUGGCAUUAAGACUACA